GGCCAGGCGGCGUACCGGGACAGCUGGCUGCUGCGGGACGGCCUCAAUAAACCUGAAAGCACCGAGCAGAGACAAAAUGGCCUUAAAAUGGUGGACCAAGCAAUAUGGUCCAAAAAGAUGUCGAAUGGAGCAAGGCGUAUACCAGUGUCACCUGAUCAGGCCAGGUCAUACAACAGACAGAUGAGGCCAGCUAUUUUGGACCACAGCUCUGGGGCCAAGUGGACAAACACAUCAAAUCAUCCUGAAUUUUUGGUAGGAGAAGAGGCUCUGUAUGUUAAUCCAUUAGAUUCUUAUAACAUACAUUGGCCAAUCAGGAGAGGACAGCUGAAUCUCCACGCAGGACCUGGUGGCUCCCUCACUGCAGUAUUAGCAGACCUUGAAGUUAUAUGGUCACAUGCAAUACAAAAGUGUCUGGAAAUACCACUGAAAGACCUAAAGUACUACAGAUGCAUUUUACUAAUUCCGGACAUCUACAAUAAACAACAUGUGAAAGAACUGGUAAAUAUGAUCCUAAUGAAGAUGGGCUUCUCAGGAAUUAUUGUGCACCAGGAGUCUGUCUGUGCUACCUUUGGAAGUGGUUUAAGCAGUGCCUGUAUUGUGGAUGUGGGAGAUCAGAAGACAAGUGUUUGCUGUGUGGAAGAUGGUGUUUCCCAUCGCAACACCAGGCUGUGCCUUGCAUAUGGAGGAGCUGAUGUGUCAAGGUGUUUUUAUUGGCUUAUGCAACGAGCAGGAUUCCCAUACAGAGACUGUCAGUUAACUAAUAAGUUGGAUUGCCUGCUGCUUCAGCAUCUGAAGGAGACAUUUUGUCAUCUAGACCAGGAUAUUUCUGGAUUGCAAGAUCAUGAGUUCCAAAUUCGUCAUCCAGAUUCUCCAGCUUUGUUAUACCAAUUCCGAUUAGGGGAUGAAAAAUUACAGGCUCCCAUGGCUCUGUUUUAUCCAGCAACUUUUGGAAUUGUUGGGCAAAAAAUGACAACUUUGCAACACAGGUCACAAGGUGACCCUGAGGAUCCUCAUGAUGAACAUUAUCUGCUAGCCACACAAAGUAAGCAGGAGCAGUCUGCAAAAGCUACAGCUGAUAGAAAAUCCAUGUCAAAGCCUGGUGCUUUUGAAGGAGAAUUGAGAGGCCAAGCCUCAGACAUUUCAGAGAGGAUGUACCCACAAGAAGUGGAACUGGGAUCUUCCCAAGGUGAUUGUAUGAUAUCUGGGAAUGAUUCAGAGGAACCUUUAUCUGCACACAUGUCCAGGAAAACUGCUAUUUCUCAGUUUGAAGGCAAAGCCUUGGGCCUUGACAAAGCCAUCCUUCACAGUAUCGACUGCUGUGCCUCUGAUGAUACAAAAAAGAAGAUGUAUAGCUCCAUCUUAGUAGUGGGAGGAGGCCUGAUGUUUCAUAAAGCUCAAGAGUUUCUUCAACAUCGAAUUCUCAACAAAAUGCCACCUUCUUUCAGAAGAGUCGUCGAAAAUGUUGAAGUCAUCACAAGACCUAAGGAUAUGGAUCCACGCUUAAUUGCCUGGAAAGGAGGUGCAGUUUUAGCCUGUCUUGACACAACUCAGGAGCUCUGGAUCUAUCAGCGGGAAUGGCAGCGCUUUGGUGUCAGAAUGUUACGAGAGAGAGCUGCGUUUGUGUGGUAAUGGAUG